AUGGCGCAAGAGCGUCAGGGCUUGUCUCGAACUCUUCCCAAGAGCUUCACCUUCUCUUCCAUCGAAUCAACCUUCCCGAGAACUCCAGAACACCCUCGCGUCGACCCCCAGAUCCCCCCUCCUCCUCGUCAUUCAAGUUAUCGCGUCAGGCGGCCACGUUUCGACAGUCAUGCCAGCAUAUUCUCCACAAUGUCUGGCGAACCCAACAUAUUUGACCUAAGUCGUCCCGAUGUUCCCGUCCCUUCUAUCGAAUUCCCAGUUUCGGAUACAAUGUCUGAGCCUGAUAUCACAACUUUUGAGUCCGUCUCGUCUGAAUUUUUACAAGUACCAGCAUUGCGACGUAUGGAAUUCAAGACACCUCCCGCGCAGAUUCGGACGGAGCCUUUCAACUUCCCCCGUGCUACACCCGACCCUACGGAGGACGUCAAAGACGACCCCAUUGAGAGACCAAGCUCGAGGGCAUCUGAUUCAUCUGUCUCUUCCAUCGAGACGUACACUACCCAGCCAUCUCUCGGUGGUAGCUGCACAAGCCCUGAAAGCGAGAUAUACGACCCAUUCAGCUUUCAGCUUGCGGAUGCGAGCAAACAUGUUCUCGAGACUCCUCCAAGUAGCAACCCGAAUCGCGGAAAAUCACUAGAUCUGCCCCAAAGAAAGGCACGAUGGACCGCAGAUAUGGACAACCAUCUGUGGAACACUUACCAGAUGUAUUUGCAAGAUCCUACGACAACUCCGUUCAAAACCCUUCCUGGAAGCCUUCCGCCUCUCGGUGUCUCGCAUCGAGUUGCCCGUGAAGCAAAGAAGACAUGGGCCCGUCUGAAGUCAAGGAAGUACCAGGAAACCGUUCAAGGUAAUCCAAUAUCAGUAUCUGCCGACAAUGAACAGUCCAUCGCCCCUGCUGAAGACCGAAGUGGAAGUUGUACACCCACUGCCAAGAAGCCGGCCUUGCCUCGUUGGCCAAGAUCCGAAGCAGCUACACGACGACGACUGAAGUAUCUCUGCAAACGCAAGUUAUCCAUUGCUCCUCAUUAUCAGCGCUUGCUACAGUCUCGUAGUCCGUCACCGUUCCUGGAUGUCUUCGCAGCACCCCCCCGAAGACCAGUUGGCCCAGCAAAUGACGAUAACUCAUCAACUGCUUUCAUGACACGCGAUCUCGGAGUAUCUCUUGUCUCGAGCUCUUUGCCAACUGAUUUUGCAAACUUUGGCGCUGUCGAACUACCCACUGCCCAGUCCGCUCCCAAUCCUCUUGAGACCUUCCAGUCACCCCGACAACCUUCAAAUCAUGCGGCCUCAAUUAUUCCCAGCCAUGUUCCUACUAUCCAAGAGCCAUUCCCCCGUCUUGGGUCUCCUUUCAUGUAUAACACGUGGGGCCCUGAAACCUCACGUCGCGAAGCUCAAGGUGCAGCUACUCGCGGGCUAAGAAGAGACACUAUUCAUGUGGCUGGAUCAAGAUUGAGGUCGCCUCCCCGUAUGGACCUACCAUCAAGCGUUCACAAACGUCGAGCACACCAUCGAUUGGAUUCUAGUCCCAACCCAGGUGACAUCCAGCGCGGUAUUCGGGACCUGGCCCGAGAUGGAAAAUUGAAAGACGGCCAGCGGCGUGUACGACUUCGCAAUCGCGGCAAUACAACUAGCGGUGGCUUCAGCUCCAAAGAACGCAUUGAACAGCUCUUCUCACCGACCUCCCCCUUUACUUUCCCUGGCAACCAAGCCAGCUCUUCACAAGCCCCCCAGGAGUUCCUUCGGCCUCGCGCUGAGACUAUUCGCCGUCUUGGUUCGCCAUUUCAACCUGAAUCUGGCCCACGUUUUCACCCCAGAUCUCCCAGACAUGCACCGUCCUUAUCUGAUCCAUUCAUGAACUCCUCUAUCAAGUCACAAGUUCACCUUCACCAUCAAGGUGAAUCUGCCGCAUCUCGAGCGGCUCCAAGUGGACUCCCAUACGAUCCUACCGAGGAAGGACUUAGUGAUGCAGAAAGGAUUCGACGACAAAUUCUGAAUUUACCAUACACCAAGAAUUCAAUGUAA